AUGGAGGAAGCAGUGCCCGCUCAGACUGUUGAAGUGAUCGACCCCGAAGUCCGCGCUCAUGUUUAUAGCCUGCUUGGAGGUUUCAAUGGCGAAGAUGCGGACAAGUACGUGCUCGGGGACGACGCCUUGUCCUGCUUACGGGAUAUCAAGCGAUGGCUGAAGUUAUAUGAUGAGAAAUUCAAUCGGAUGGAUGUUGCACGAUGUCUAGGGGAAGCGAACCUGGUCAAUGGUGACCUUAUUCAGAUUCUUUCCCUUUGGUGGAGAGAAGGGCAGCAGAGCAAAUAUAUGACAAGGAUUGCGCUGGCAUGCGUGGAGUUAUUAGUGCCGUUGACUUGGCCGCUAGAGAUACAUGGGGAGAUGACAGUUAACCACCAUCGCCACAUACCUUACCUACAACAAGCUCAAGUGGGCUACAAACGCGGCAUUUUAAAUAUGGCCAGCUGCGGUAUUUUACGGGCGGUUAUCCGCAUCGGCCUUCCCAGCAUGGCAAUUCCACCAUCAGAACGGACGGCUCGUGACGAAGGGAUACUGAAGAUCAUGCUCUAUCUGCUGCGGAAUAUUGCAAUAAUAACCGCAAAUGCGCGUCUCGCAGCGGAGGGAGAAGAGGAAGAAACGUCAAGGUCGGCGACGAUCAACGCGUUCCACGACCAGGACGUCUUUGCCCUGCUGCUCACCUUAUGCUCGAAUGUUAGCGACGAUUUCAAUAUGUUGGAUAUUCCUCUUCUCGAGAUACUGUUUCAUAUGGUAAGGGGUAUCGAUGUCGAAAAGUUGUUCAUGAACGAUGCUCAGCGAUCUGCCAAGCGUACCGACGAAUUAAACGACCUGCUACGACAGGAGUCCUCCAUGCGAAGAGAAUACGCAAAGAAUGCGCCGACCAGGCACGGCCGCUUCGGGACGAUGAUUUGGGUUAAGCGUGAUGAUGCGAAAAUGUCAACGGUAUCUGGUCAGGACGUACUUAGAGAUGAACAGACGACCCUUUACAAGAUGGACCAGAGCAAAAGGUGGAAUAAGCCUAGGCGAGGCCGAAAAGCACAGGACAUGUCGGUGAACAAUGACUUCAACACACCGGUUCACAUUAGCCCUUCUGCUACAACAAAUCUACGAAUGUUCGUCGAGGAGUUCUUAGAUUCCGGUUUCAACCCGCUCUUUGUGCAUGUCCGCAAGGCGAUUGAACGUGAAUCGAUCCGUGUCCUGGAUAUCAACAAACGGCACUUUCUCUAUACAGUUUCCUGGUUUCUUGGAGCUGAGCGCGCGCGGCGUGCUCGCCAACGAGAGAAGUAUGCCCAGAGCGGGAAGAAGCCUGAUAACGAACUGGAACCAGAUAGUUUCGGUUUGGUCGCCGGUGUGUUGAACCAGGAAACCUUUGUCUUCUUGAACAGAUCAAUGCAAAACAGCCUCGAUAAUAAGGAAUGGGAUGAUCUUAAUGCCGCUAUGCGAUGUUUUACGCAGAUCCUAUUGACAGUACAAGAAAUGUCGCAAUCGCCACUCGAAGAGGAUCAGGAGAUUGCGGAAAACAUCCAGAACCGCAUUUUCUAUGAGGAAACGACCCAUGACCGGAUACUAGCUAUUCUUCGUGGAUACACAGACCAGGGAUUCGGUUAUCUUGAUGCCUGCACCGAAUUAUCUCACGUGUUUUUGCGGAUGCUGGAACGAUAUUCCAAGACAAAUGUCGAUAUGCAAGUCCGAUCCCGUCGGCGAGCUAGAAAGAGGAAGCGGGAAGAACAGCUGGUUAAUAAGGGCAGCGACGAGGAACAGGAAUCGGAAGACGAAGACUACGCCGAAGCUGAGAAGAUGUCAAAGGAACGCAAGUUCGACUUUACACGUUUUGCCGCAAAGUUUUCCAAUCAGAAAUGUGUCGAUACAUUUGUGGCGUUUACCAAAUUCUACAAAGAGUUAAACAACGAACAGCUAAAGCGCGCCCACCGCUACUUCUACCGGAUAGCCUUCAAGCAAGAGAUGACAGUGUUGUUGUUCCGAGUUGACAUUCUCAACCUCUUUUACCGCAUAAUCAAAGGACCUGGUGGAAUGGAUUCCAGCAAACCAAUAUACAAGGAAUGGGAGGAAUUGGUUAGACAGCUUAUUCGACGGCUGAUAAAGAAGCUGGAGCAGCGACCUGCUCUGAUUACGGAGUUGCUGUUCAGCAAAAUCAACUCCACCGCAUUCUAUCUUGAAUACGGUUUUGAGAAGCAGACAGUAACCACGAGUAAAAGGGCCCCUGCUGAACUUGAGGUUGACCCCAAGGCAGCUUCGACUCCGGAGGAGAAGCUCAGCAUUGUCGUAGCUGCAUUGGUCAAGGACGAACAAAGUGCACUAGUCAAGUGGAUUAGUGAAGUUCUGGGGUCGGCAGCAGACGAGAGAGAGGCCUGGGAACUAAAUUCUCAUGAUGUUGACCUCGCGGGACCUAGAGAUACCCAAAACCCUAUAAUCAAUGAACUACGGGAAUCUAAAGCGGUGAUUGAUAAAGCGCUGUUGAUUGGCAACACCGACGAACGUGAUCCUAAUGACUUACUGCGCAAGAAGUAUAGUCAUGAGCCGCGGGACGGCUUUAGUGGCCAAAAUCUAGACGUGAAUUUUGGGUCUGACUCGGAGGGUGAAGAUGUCAUCCCUGAUGGGCCACUCUUUCCCGCAAAUCCCCGCUCCAAAGCUCAUGCGCUCAACGAGUUAAAACAGAAGAGGAAGAAGCGAAAAGACAAGGGAGAAGAAGAGCCAGUUGAUGAGGAGACAUUGGAGGAACGUCGACAGGCACGGCUAGAGAAUACGAGAUGGCGCCUGGCCAAGAUCAAGAGCGAUCUUUACGUGCAUGCAAGUGACGAGGAAAGCGAUGCCGAGGCAGAUCAAGAGUUCUUCCGUCUUGAAGAAGAAAGGCGCAACGAGCAAUCGGAGCGGAUCAAAAAGGCAUUGCUGCUUGGGAGAACCGAAGACGCAGGAAACAAAGCAAGGCAGAGAAAGCGAGGAAAGCGCUCAAAUGAGCCUAACAUUGCUGGCGAAGAGGAGACUAGCGGAAAGCGACGGAGACACAGUGGUGGAACCAAUGUGGAACUGGAGGAAGAUGACAUACUUAUGGAUGAUAUGGAGAUGCCAUCGCGAGCCUCUUCCGGUGAGUACUCGUCUAAUGAUGCCGAUGCCAUCGACAAAUCUAUGGCUGCAGCUGAAGACGAGCUUUACUUCGACGAUGACCUAGCAUUUGGCCGGGACCGAGACAAGGAUGAGACAAGUGUCGACAGAGACGGUGCAGAUGCGUCCAGCCCUAGAAAGCACAAUGAUGGCAGCGAGAGCGCUGAAGAAGACAUCCCUUUGGCGCCGCCUAAUCGUAGACGGUUGCGGGCUGGAUUCGUGGUAGAAAGCGAUUCGGAAUGA